AUGGUAUUGGCAUUAAAGAUUUGCAGGCACUACCUAUAUGGUGAGAAAUGUCAAAUAUUUACCGAACAUAAAAGUCUAAAGUAUAUCUUUGAUCAGAAGGAACUAAAUCUAAGACAGAGAAGAUGGUUGGAAUUGACAAAGGAUUAUGAUUGUCAGAUUGACUACCAUCUGGGGAAAGCUAACGUAGUUGCAGAUGCUCUCAGUAGAAAGACUAGUUCUUCAUCUCCAUCUAGUGCAGUAUAUACUUCUUUGAUUUGUGAGUUCAAGAAGUUACACACUCAGUUGUCAGUGACUACUUCAGGGGCAUUAUUAGCUCAUUUUCAGGUAAGACCUUCUUUGAUUGAUAAGGUUAGAGAAGCUCAAUCUGAAGACUUGACAUUGAGAACUUUGAAAGCAGAAGUUAGUGUUGGGUUACGAAUGGAUUAUGUUAUUAGGAAUGAUGGUGCAUUGGCUAUGGGUAAUAGAUUAUGUGUUCCAGAUAUUUCAGAAUUGAAAAAGGAAAUUUUAGAAGAGGCACAUAGUUCUGCUUAUGCUAUGCAUCCAGGCAGUAGUAAAAUGUAUCAUACAUUGAAAGAUCAUUACUAG